AUGUGAAUGCAUUUGUGCUGAGCAGGUUCAGCAAGAAAACAAACUGCAGGACCAUAGUCAGUAUGGAUACGAUGGAAAUUGAUGAUGACACGUACAUAGGCAGGAACCUCGUUAAACAAGAUUUUUACAGAAGCAAACGGCCCUCCAGAUGUGUGACUGUGUGUCUUGGAUUGCUGUGUGCUGUGUUGGUGGCUGGUAACGUAGGACAAUUUAUUUUCUAUGAGAUAAUCAGCCAUCGUGCAUCAACACCAGUUAGCUUUGACACUCAGACACAAGACAACGCCUCCCUGACAGCAGAGAGAGACGGACUGCAGAGUCGUUUUGAUGCUUUAGCUGAUGAGAAAAAACAGCUCCAGAUCUUUCUCAGUAACCUGACGAAAGAAAAAACUUCCGUGAUGACUGAAAGAGAUGAGUUCAAGGCCAGUUUUAACAAUGUGAAAAAUGAGAUGGACCAGUUGCAGAUAAAUUACAGCCAUUUUAAACAGGAAAGAGACCAAUUACAAAAAAGCUAUAAUGACACACAUGUGACUCUUGAUCAGUUACAAACUGAUCACAAGAAUCUGAUUGUGAGUAAAGACCAGCUACAGAGCCGUUUUAAUGCUUUAGCUAGUGAGAAAACACAGCUCCAGAUCUCUUUCAGUAACCUGGCGAAAGAAAAAGACCAACUGAAGACUGAAAAAGAUGAGUUUAAGGCCUAUUUUAACAAUGUGAAAAAGGAGAAGGACCAGUUGCAAGCACAUUUCAGCACCUUGAAACAGGACAGCGACCAAUUACAGAAAAGCUAUAAAGACACGCAUGCGAGUCUUGAGCGGCUACAAACUGAUCACAAGAAUCUGAUUGCGAGUAAAGACCAGCUACAGAGCCGUUUUAAUGCUUUAGCUAGUGAGAAAACACAGCUCCAGAUCUCUUUUAGUAACCUGGCGAAAGAAAAAGACCAACUGAAGCAAAGUUACAAUUCUGUGGCUACUGAAAGAGAUGAGUUCAAGGCCAAUUUUAACAAUGUGAAAAAUGAGAAGGACCAGUUGCAGGCAAAUUACAACACAUUUAAACAGGACAGCAACCAGCUACAGAAAACCUAUAAUGACACGCAUGCGACUCUUGAGCACUUACAAACUGAUCACAAGAAUCUGAUAGCGAGUAAAGACCAGCUACAGAGCCGUUUUAAUGCUUUAGCUAGUGAGAAAACACAGCUCCAGAUCUCUUUCAGUAACCUGGCGAAAGAAAAAGACCAACUGAAGUCUGAAAGAGAUGAGUUCAAGGUCAAUUUUAACAAUGUGAAAAACAAGAUGGACCAGUUGCAAGCAAAUUUCAGCACCUUGAAACAGGACAGCGACCAAUUACAGAAAAGUUAUAAAGACACGCAUGCGAGUCUUGAGCAGCUACAAACUGAUCGCAAGAAUCUGAUAGCGAGUAAAGACCAGCUACAGACCAAAAACAGUAACCUGCAAAGAGAAAAGGAUGAACUACAAACUCUUUAUACUGCACUUGUAGCGAAAAAAGAUCAGUUGCUGGGCAAUUAUUCUUCAUUGAAGAGGGACAAGGAGCAGUUGGAAAGAAGCUACAAUACACUGAGCUUACGUAAAAAUAUCCUAGACAGCAGUUACAAUUCACUGUGGAAAGACAACAACCAACUGAAAGCUAAGUAUGGUACUCUGAGCAAUGAAAAGGAACAGCUGCAGAGAAGCUUCCGCAGUUUGGCAACAUAUAGGGAUCAGCUGCAAAAGAAAGUCGACAAGAUGACCACCAAAGUAAACGACAUGCUGUGUCAGGAAAACUGGACAAAAUUUGAGACAAGCUGUUAUUUUGUUUCAACCGUGAAGAAAAACUGGACAGAAAGUCGACAAGCCUGCAUCGCUGAGGGAGCAGAUCUGGUCGUCAUUGACAGCAGAAAGGAACAGGCCUUUGUUAAUGGGAUACUGGACGCACGCCAGAAUGCUUGGAUUGGUCUUACUGACAGUGUUCAGGAAGGGGUCUGGAAGUGGGUGGAUGGAACCUCAGUCACCACAACGUACUGGCAGCCUGGGCAGCCCAACAGUUACAAUAGGAACCAGGACUGUGGAGAAUUUGUGCAGGAAUCAUCAUUGGGACAGUGGAACGACGACGGCUGCUUUGCUGACCAGGUCUGGAUCUGUGAGAAAUAAGAUCACAGGGCUUUACACUGUUAACUAAAGGUGUGCUGGAUUGUUGUUCAAGGACAAGUGAUGUUGAUGUUUUUUCUUACUGUCAGCUUACCCUGUAUAAACAAUGAAUUGAUUCCUACUAAACUAACAAGUAUUAUUUAAAGCCUGUUGUCUCAUGUCUCGAUGCCCCAGAGCUCAGUUUUUUCUUCCAAAGAUGAUUCAGAACAUAUCAGUGAUGCUGCUCUAGCUGACAUUUUCCUUCAUUACAAUAAACAAAGAGACUGUAGUUUAUUUUGAGUCCCACAUACACUGCCUGGCCAAAAAAAAGUUGCACACUAAUAUUUUGUUGGACUGCCUUUAGCUAUGAGUAUGGCAUCGUUUCCAUAAGCUCCUACAAUGUCACAGCAUUUAUUUCUGUCCAGAGAUGGAUUAUUUUUUCACCAAGAUCUUAUAUUGAUGAUGGGAGAAUUGGACCACUGUGCAAAGUCUUCUCCAGAACAUCCCAAAGAUUCUCAGUGGGGCUGAGGUCUGGACUCUGUGGAGGCCAAUCCAUGUGUGAAAAUGACAUCUCAUGCUCCCUGAUCUAAUCAUUCACAGUGUGAGCCCCAUGAAUCCUGGCACCGUCAUCUUGGAACAUGCUUAUGCCAUCAGGGAAGAAAAACUCUAUUGAUAGAAAGACCUGAUCAUUCACUAUAUUCAGGUAGUCAGCUGACCUCAUUCUUUGGGAACAUAAUGUUGGUGAACCUGACCAACCCCAGAUCAUAACCCAAACCCCCACAGGCUGGUAGACACUAGCCAUGAUGAGUGCAUCACUUCAUCUGCCUCUGUUCUUACCCUGAUGCCCCCAUCACUCUGGAACAGGGUAGAUCUGGACUCAUCAGACCACAUGACUGAUCACAUUUGCUCCUUGAAGAUGAUGGUUCACCACGAUGCUUCCAGGUUUUAAUAAUGCGUUGGAUGGUUCUUAACCUGAUUUUAGUAGUUUCAGAAAUCUCCUUAGUUGUUUUUUUUUUGUUUGCUUGAUGCAGGCCAAUAAUUUGACCCUCCUCAGACAGAUUAACAUCCUUUCCAUGACCACAGGAUAUGUCUUCCAACAUGGUUGUUUAAGAAAAGAGAAGCUCCUCACUGCAUCAGCUAGAGUUAAAUAAGUUGUUGCAGCUGAAACAUAUUCAUCAUUGCAGUAAUUAUCCGAUGGAAGGCUCCUACCUAUUUGCUUAGUUAAAUCCAGGUGGUGAGUUUUUUUUUGGCCAGGCAGUGUGUAUUGUCCUGCAGCAACACACAGUGUAGGUUAUUCACUGGAGCACCGGUUGUGUAUUAACGCACAGUUGAAAUACAUUAUCUACUCCUCUUUGCUAACAGUGCUUUGGACAAUUGGCUAGUUUUUGUUAUUUUUAAAUAACAGUUUUCAUUCUUCCAAUGGGCUUGGAGCUGGGGGCCACAAAAGAAGUGUUCAGAGAGACUUUUUAUUUUUAGCUUUCAGGAUUUUUGACAAGUAAACUUAAUGAAUAUUGUUGAUAUUCCCCUAAAUGUAUUAUUUAGCUGAUGAACAUGAAUUUUUAAUGACUUGCUAUGGUGGUCUUGUACUCCAGUGUAGCGUUCUGUGGCUUUGAGCGCCGACCGCAUUAAAGGAGUACAGCUUCUAAGCUGCCAUUUGUGUGAUCAAUUAAUAUACAUGAAAAUGAAUAUGUAAUGCAAACAGUAUAUGUAACAAAACACAUAUGUACAACAUUUGCAGUUGGUAUUAAUUAUUUACUCUGCUAUAUCAGGAGUGAUUAUACAGUACUGGUAAAAUGUGCUUGUUGGCAUAAAGUGAUUCUGCUCCAUGCAUUUCCUCAGGAAAUGCACUCUGUGUUUUGGAUGUGUGCAAUUAACUUGCAUAGCCAAAUUAAUUAUUUAUUGUCUUUCCUCUGUAUAGAAAUUUGCACCUAUCUACUAUACAGUAUGUUUACACUAAAUUCAACAACAGGAGCAAAGUCUUGAUUAUUUUUUAAAGCUGAAAAGAGGCCUGGGGCCACUGCUAUUAUACCCAGUGUCUCCAUGCAUCGGAUGCAGUCUACCACAGAGCACUGAGGCUUAUUACAAAUCAUAAAUCUCCUAAUCACCAUUGUGUGUUAUAUGUCCGUGCUGGAUGGUCUGGUUUUUCCAUCUGCAGACUCAGUUGCUGGUUUGCUUCUAUUUGUAAAGCUGGUCUUGGUCUGCUUCCUUCAUAUCUCUAGAUCUAUAUCUGUCAAAAAUGUACAGGAAACUAUUGUCUGUGCUUUGACUGAACUGGAGGAAGGAACAUUUAAAUAUGCUGCUUUUUUUCUUGGAGUCAGCUGCUAAAUGAGUUGAGAGCUGAUCUCAGGCAGACACAUUUAGAUGUACAUGUUAUCAUUGACUCACAAUGACCCUCUAUGUAUCCCUGACAAUGAUGACUUGUUAUCAUUUUGUUAUUUGUUGAUUACAGUUUUAACGCUAUAGUGUCACUCAUGCUGCAUUCAGGCAAAUACAGUAACAAGCAGAAGAAUAGAAUAGUUUAACAUUUUAAGAUGCUUGCUUGCAAUUAUUUUGUAAUGCACUUUCAAUCUUUAUGUAAACAUUCAAACUGUUAUAUAUAUAUAUGCAUAUCUGUAACCUGUUAAAUUGUGCUACUGCCUGUUUUGCCAGGAUACUUUUUUUUUAAGAGAAAAUGAGUUUUUUCCUGAAUAAAUAAAGGUUAAGUUUAAAAAACAAGUAUUCUUACAAUAUCAGAAAACAAAAAACAUAUGGAUGUGUUUUCCUGUGGAGAACAGAGAUACGAGCUGAAAAAAAACAGGUUAAAGCUGAGGUGGAACUGCUUUACACUACACAAGAUUUACUAAAGUAAAGAAAACUUUUAAAAUUCAUGUUGGAAGGAGGGUUGUUUUUUUUAAACCCAUCUUCAUGCAACCUGUGUUAGGGGUCAAUGCACAGACGUCAGAAGCAGGUGAAAAUAACCCAUUAUAGCUCACACUUAGACAAAUCUGUUAACACUUAAUGACCUGCUUCUGCUUGUGAAAAUAGGCUUCUGCUGCUUGGAAACAUUUCCCUUCUCCUUUUCCUUUUGCAGACUUGCAGCUAUCAGGGUGCACUUUUAUAUUAAGGCUGCUCACUGAGGAAUGUGAAAGGAGAAUGGUCUAUCUGGAGGACUGGAUUCGGCCUCCAUUUGUGUAUUCAUAAAACUACUUAACAAUAAUCUGAGUGUUGCAAAAAAAAACUUGCAAGAUUAUUAAAGAAUAUAUGCUGAGGUUCAAUAGCAGGACUAUAGCAAGUGGUUGUGUAUUUAAACAAACAUGUAUUGUGUCUCUGUUUGUCGUCGUCGCUAAAUUAGAGAUUCAUGCCACCUGUGCUGAUGUGGCUGGAAAACUACAGUGAUAGUGUUAAUCUCUGGAUGUUACGCUCCACCAGUGAAGCUCCUGGACAGCAGGUGAAAGAAAACAAUUGGAAACACCAGUAUGUCCACAUCGUGAAGAGAAAUGAACAGAGUUGACUGUAGAAAAAGUUAGACUUUUCCGUGUUGUUAAAAACCUCUGACUGCAUUGAAAACAGCCUCCAUUAAACACAUUUG